AUGCUGACUCUGACUGAAGAUAUAAACCAGAUAAAGGGUUUAAAGGUCUCCAGGAGAUCACCUGCUAUCUCCCACCUUUUCUUUGCAGAUGAUGCUAUGCUCUUUUUCAGGGCAACUGAGGACUCUUGUAUGCCAGAAGAUGUUAAAGUUUCUCUAAAAAGAAUUCUGUCUAUGUCUGAUAUCACAAAUGUGGGCGUGCAUUUGGGUGCUCCAAUUGAUAUACAGGGAAAGAAAAAACUAUCUUUCCAAUAUCUGGUGGACAAAGUAACGGAGAAAAUUGUCUCCUGGGCUUCCUUACGUCUUUCACAGGCUGCAAAAUUAAUUCUUAUCAACACGGUACUGGUGAGUAUCUCGGCUCAUGUCAUGAAGUGCCUAAAACUUCCCCAAAGCAUUGUCAAUAAAAUUGAUUCCGUCAUUACAAAAUUUUGGUGGUCGAACAACGGGAAUAAGGGUAUACACUGGGUGAAAAGGGAGGUAGUCCAACUCCCGAAAAGUAUGGUGGGCUUAGGUGUCCAAGGCAUUUCAAAUCUCAAUGAUGCCCUGCUGUUCAAAGAAGCCUCUAGAAUGCACCUCAACCCUCAGCUUCUUAUAUCAAAGGUGCAUACUAGUUUCCAACCUUGUGGUAUUUGUAACAUCAUGACACCGUUAAGGAGGACAGGGAAUCCAUCUAUGGGAAGAUCAGGAUUACAAAAGGUGGUUUCUUCUUUCAAGGAAGGUUUCGCUUGGAAGGUUGGCAACGGGGAAAAUAUAAAGACCAUUAGCACUCCUUGGGUGAAAGGGCGAAUUCCAAUUGCAAACUCUAACCAAACGCUCGGAGCCUCCAUGGGGUGGAUGGUAAGUGACUUCAUUGACAGGAAUCAUGCUUCUUGGAAUCCGGGUAAGAUUAGACAAUGUUUUGAUUGGAAUAGUGCCAAAGAAAUCCUUUCUAUGGAACUCCCGUCUGAGCCAAAAGAUGACUAUCUGUACUGGAAAUACCACCCCUCUGGCAAAUACAGUGUCAAAACUGGCUACUACUUUCUCUCGAGAAACCAAGAGAUCAACAGUUUCUCUUUCUCCACCAAAGAUGAAGAGUUUGCAAAGCUAAUUUGGAGGUUGAACAUUCAACCAAAAUGGAAAAUCUUCAUGUGGAAACUCCUUCAUAAUGGUAUAGCGGUAAAGGUAAACUUGGCCAACCGGGGCAUACAAGUUAAUGCAAUGUGUGAGUUGUGUAGCACGGACUUGGAAGAUAGCCAACAUUUGUUCCGAUUAUGUUCUCUAGCAAAAGCAGUUUGGGAGACCUACCCUACUGUUCUUUGCUCUGAUUUCACUGGUGUCCAAUCUUUAAGAAAUUGGAUCCAACACUGUAUCCUGCUCUUUUACGGGAAGGAUGGUAGGCGUAGCAACCGGAUCACCACAUUUAUUGCUGUUUUGUGGGGUCUUUGGAAGUCUAGGAAUGCAAGAGUCUUCAAGGGAAUCGACGUAACCAUCACAACGGUUACAGAAAUGGUUAAUAUUGCUACCCAAGAGCGUGAGAUCUUCUCUAAGAGAAUAGGGGGCAAGACACAAAUGGGUUUGAAGAGAAUGGAAAUACGACUGAUUGAUGGCUCCUGGGAGAAGGCGUCUCUAAAGGCAGGUAUAGGAUGGGCUAUCACGGGUCCAGAUCAAUCCUACACCUUCGAUGGUGGAGGCAAACACGGGACUGCCUCCUCAGCUUUACAAUGUGAAGCAUGGGCCUGCAUAGAGGCUCUUAAGUGGAGCAAAUCUCAAGGAUUUGAGGAAGUCCUAAUACUUUCAGACUCGAUCCUUUUGCUGGAAAAUUUGAAGGACUCUCGAGGUCGUCCUUGGCUUCAUGAACUAAAGGUGAUCCCAUUGUCGUUGCACCAAAAGGUGAAAGCUAUAGUUGGAGGGGUUCCAAUUACCAUUGAUUCCUCCCCUAUACGCAUUCAAGUUAUCGAUACUCCCAUUGUCCAUGUCGAACAUGACGAGGAAGAUAAAGAUCUCUGGGGAUUUUCGUUGGAUGAUGUUCUCAUGAUCGAAGAAGAGGAGAAGUGUCGCCUCGACUUUGAUCCUUAUUCAAACACCAAUCGUGAGCCAGGUUUCAAGAUGUUCCUUGAUUGCGACUUCGUCAAUGAAGGCGAUGAGUUCUUCACAACUGAGAAACCAGCUAGUCCAAGGUCUGAUGAUAUGAACAUUAAUCUUCUUUUUGGACUAGAAAAUAAUGAAUCCAAGCCUGUCUACAAUGAUGAUUCUGAACUCAUUCAAGCUGUCAUAUCAAGCAAAGAUUUUGACCCCUCUGAAUUAAUCGAGCCUUACGUGCUGUACCGGCCGUGGGUUGGCGUGGUUGUCCCUGGGUUAGCCGCGCAGUAUACUGCUAAGCGUUGCUACUUCUUGGGGACAUAUGGAGCGAUUGCAUACCUUGGAGAGAGGGUUGCUAUUUAG